AGUUUCUCCAAUGCUUUAGCUAAAAACAUUGUUGCCGUUAUGGUGUGGCUGGCCCUCAGUGUCAUCAACAGCAGCAUGGUGUACACUUUUCUACAGCACAGUGUCUUUUAUGAGAACUCCCGGUACAUCAUGUUCAUCUGCAUGGUGGUCAAUGAUGCUUUGCAACUUACGCUGGUAACAACUCUCUAUGUGGUCAGCUAUGUCUUCAGGAAGAUCCACGUCUCCAUCUGUUGUCUUCUGAUAAUGACGGCAGUCUUCACCACCCGCUCUACCCCUCUCAUCUUGGCUGGGAUGGCGGUAGAGCGCUUCAUCGCCAUCUGCUUGCCGCUACACUACAGCCACAUGUGCACAGUGCCCCGCACCAUCUUCCUCAUCGGUGUCAUCCUCAUCCUCACUGCCACCCCUCCGAUCUCUGACCUCCUCAUCACCAUAAUCAAGGAGCCUCCAAAGUUCUUCCACAGGGUCAUAUUUUGUGACCACUCAUUUCUCUUCUCUGAUCCUUCCAUCUAUUACAAGAACUGUGUGUUUGAUGGAGUGUACCUCUCCUUCGUGGCGCUCACGCUGCUCUACACCUACUGUAAGAUCAUGCUGACAGCGCAGGCUGCCUCCACCAGCUUGGCGUCAGUGAGGAGAGCCAGGAACACUGUGCUGCUUCAUGGAGUGCAGCUGCUGUUGUGCAUGUUGACCUUCGUGGUUCCCUCCCUUCAGGCUGCUCUGAUCUCCCUGUUCCCCCAGCUCAUCCUGGAGAUCCGCUACGUCUUUUUCUUGCUUGUCUACAUCAUCCCUCGCUUCAUGAGCCCAGUUAUCUAUGGAUUUCGGGACGAGCUUUUCAGAAAGUACUGGACCCAGUAUCUGUCCUGGCCCAGACAAAGGGUCAGUGGGGUCAGACCUGGAGCCUUAAAAGAGGACUGCAUAUGA